AUAAUCUGGAGGUUUUUCUUAUCUAAUGGCUGAGGAAAAACCGGAUGUACUUUUUGACAUGACCUUAGACACAGGCGGACACCUUGGUAGCAUUAUCGACUGGAUUGCUUACUUACAUGAAAGACGUAUUUACCCCAAUCGAGAUUUUGAGCUAACAGCAGUGCAAGGUGUUUGGCCUAGCACUUCAAAGCAAUAAUGGACGAUUAUGAGGAUUAUUCACCGGAAGACUUUGGAGACGAGGUUGAUAUAAUAGACACCGAUGACGGUGGCCAAGAUGUAGUGAUGGAGGAAGCUCCCGACGGUGGCAUGAGAGCUUGGCUUAUCGUUCUUUCAUGUUUUGGGAUCAAUCUUAUUGUGCAAACUAUGACGUCACUUAUUGAUAUUGGUAUUAUGGACGAAAACGUGACGAAAGAGCUAGACUUAGAAAAAGCUGAAAUUCUUAAAGCUAGCAAUUAUUUCAAGAGUCUGUCGGAUCUUUAUGCGCCUUUUGCCGUGCUGGUAAUGAUCAAUUUCGGUUACAAGGUCACGGUUGUCGUUGGUUCGUUGAUUUGUUGUUUCUCUUUCACUAACAUGUCUAUGUUGGGUGGUGGAUCAGAAAAAAGUAUUGGGGGAUACUGGCAAUUUUGGCUCUGUGGACCAGCAGCAAUAGGUAUAAAUUUUCUGAAGUUGGGUGCUCUGGUUCCUGUGCUAGAAUAUUUCACCGCAAAGAGAAUGAAGGCGCUCGUUUUAUCAAGACUUGGCUUAUCAUUAGGUGCAUUUGGAACUAUGGGUCUAAUCUUUGCAACCCACAUUAAAUGGAGGACAGUAUUCCGAAUUAACGCUGGUUUGUGCAUUCUGUCUGUGGCAAUUGCUUUUACAUUGCGGAACAUAGGAAGGACGAAAAUAACAAAGAACGAAUCAAAAAGUAAAGCAAAAGGAAAAAAUAAAAUAUUCCAGCGAAUAAAAGGAAUAUUUGACAUUCCCCUCUUCAAGAAUAGAACCUUUUGGAUCGUUAUGGGAGUGUUUUUCGUCUUCAAAUUUGGGCUUACACCUCCUGCUUUAACUUUGCCAACAGUUCCAAUGAAAUUGAGUAGUGCUGAAUCUAUAUCACCUUCUGAGUCUAUCGGGGGAAUCGCGGCAGCUAAUGCCGGAGGUCUUGGUGGGAUGGGCUCCGCCUAUCUAUUCAAAAGGCUAAAAUGGUUAAAAAGGUUUUCAAAGAAGAGUUUGAUGUUUGUGCUCACCAUGGUGGCAGUUUCCGGUCCUAUUAUUGGUAUAUUCUCUGUUAUCACUCCGGAAAACAGCGGAUUUUACAUCUUUUUCAAUCUUGUCGUCACGAUUUUUCAAGCUCUGUCGGAAAACAUGCGUGAUGAAUCAAUACCAUCAGUUUUCGGCCGGCCAGAUAUUCGGAUAACUGAGAGCUUCCUUAAUAUGUUUGUUGGAGUGGCCGGCAUGAUAUCUGGAGCAAUACAACAUGGUGUUGAUGCGGCAGACAAGAAAGAUGGAUGGAAGGUUAACUUGAGAUUAGGUGGAAGCUUCUUACUGAUGGUUGGUGUGGUUACAGCGGUGCUCAUCAUACUUCACAAGUUAGGAAAAUUUAAACUAAAGGAGAAAGCAGGUGCCCGACAGACUCGCAAAUCUACAAAUAAAAAUGAAAAUGAGCCAUCUGACGACCAAUUACCCGAAGACAUAGAGGACAUAUCAAUGACAGAAGGUAGUGGUAAAAUGCAAAAUAUUGAUGACUACAAAGAUGUUCAACAGCGAAAUGUUCCGAUGAGACAUGUUAGAUCUGCCGGCUCAUUGGCCGAUGCCAGUCACCAAGAUGGAAAUGUGCCACAUGACGAAAGAAUGCAGCAAGUGUAUGGAAUGCCUCCAAAAACAAGACAUUUAUCAGUGGGCAAUUUUACUGCAGAAGCAAACAAUCAAAUGCACCCUGAUACAAGAAUGAGUCGAAGUUAUUCCGCCAGUGAAAAUGCAUAUGAACAGCAUCAUGUUCAUGCAUUCAAUCAAAACAUGCAAGGACAUUAUCCAUUCCAAGGGAGAAGCCAAUACGUAGCCGGACAUAACCAAUUCCAAGGAAACAAUCAAGUAAUUCAUGGACACUAUCCAUUUCAAGGAAAUAUGCAGGGACACUAUCCAUUUCAAGGAAACAUGCCGGGAUAUCAGUUUCAAGGAAAUGAUCACAACAUGCAGGGACCUCCUGUCCAAGAGAGAGGAAAAGGCAAGCGGGGACGGGAUUCGAAACAUGGAAAAAGUCAAAACUAUCCAUUCAAUGGGAAAAGACAACCUAUUCCGAGCAAUGAUCCGAAUAGGUCAAAAGUUAAGACAGAUAACUAUGUUGAAGAACAAAUAACGGAUGAGGGGACAGUUUUGUAUUAAAUAAUAUUUCUGUCGCCAACAUGCAUGUUAAAUCAGUCUUAUUAAAUUGUAUAAAUGUUGUUAGAACAAUUUGGAAAGAGGCAAAACAUACUAUUUAAGCUUUUCAAGCGGCCAUCAUACCGCGUCUUUUAUUUCUACAGAAUAUUUAUCCUUUUCAAUGUUGACUACAAAGAAAGGAAUCCAGCCCUUAUUUUUGCAAUGAACUGUUAAACAUGCAGAGACAAUCAUUCCAAGAGACAGAAUAAAAGAAGAACGGGCGGGAUACAAAACGUCGAAACAGAAAUUUAAAAUGUACAUUACAUUGAGAGACAACCUAUAUCAAGAAAUAGUCAUAAUAAAACAAUUAUUAGUGCAGAUAACUAUGUUGCAGAACAGUUAAGACAUGAGGGAAACAUAUCGUAUUAAUUAAUAUUACCCUCUCCUCUUGACAUACAUGAUGUUAAAACAGUCUGAUUACGUUGUUAUCUACGCUGUUGUUAGAACUCGGGAGGAGACAAAUUAUAAUUGUACGUUUUCCGUACGGCUAACAUACCGUACCCUGUUUCAGUAUGAUAUUCAUCCAAUAUUCUGAACAAAUACAGGUUAUUAGCUUCAUAUUGCGAAAUAUGCAUGACUUCUGCAGCCGAAAUAAUGUGCGACAUUUAGGACACUAUAUUUUUCUACUGAAGAACGAGUACAUAUUUCCCGAUGCAAAGCUAAUACGUAACUACAAGUAUUAAUAUUGUAUAGAUAUGAUGAAUGACAUGAAUAGAUAUAACGCAACGACACAUUAACGACGUCAAUAUGGAAAAAUACUGACGUUUCCGGUUCAACUGUAACUUAUUAACGGAGAGUAAAACAUGCGAGUGAAGAAACUUUCCUUAUUGACUACACAGCAAGGAAACCCUCCAAUUGCUUUUCAAAGAAACGGCCAAAUCUAGGAAAGAUGUUCAUUCCAAAUGACCAGACAAAACAAUCCAGUGCGGGAUUCAAAACGUCGACACAGGCAAGCUACCUAUCUCCCGGACAGAGAAAUCUGUGCCAAAUAAAUCCAAAUAAAAGAACAGUUAAGUUAGAUAACCAUUUUACAGAACAGGUAAAAGAUAAGGAUAUUGUUUUCUAUUAAAUAACAUUACCUUCGUACAAAAUCAUGUCACUUUCCAUGUUAAACCUCUUGUUAUACAAAGUAAUCUUUGUAGAAUAUGGUAUCCACUUUUUAUGAAAUAUUUCAUGUUUAUAUUAUAAAGAACAAUGAUUUAUGAAGUAUAGAAUUCCAAAAUAAAAGUUUUCUUGAGGGGAUAUAGCAAACCAAAGAGACUGAUUAUACCGUCAAUCUGACUAAAGUACUUGAUCUUCUAAACGAAGAUCUGAGAACGACCUAUUCACAUUCGUCUUCUGUAUAUUUUGGAUUUCCAGUAUUGCUAUUUUUAUUUUAUCCAAUCAGACGACUUGUUCGAAUGUCAAAGAGUAAGAAAAAUGUGCAGUUAUUCUAGGGCUCGAACCCGGGACCCCUCGCUUACAAAGCAAGUGGCCUACCAACUGAGCUAACCGGGUAUCUGAUACAUUAUGACAUAAGAAUUGUAAAUAUCAAAAGUCAAGGCUACAGGUAGAUUUGCAAGAUGUUGUAAGUUAGGCUCUGAUUGGCUAGCGAAAGGGUCGUCAGAACGAGGCAAUGAAUAGGUCGUUCUCAGAUCCUAUGCGUAGCGUAAUAGGAUAUGUACUUUAGUCAGAUUGAUUAUACCGUUAGCUUAGGUAUUGUUAGAACACAUGAGAAGGAAAUAGACAGUUUUCCAUGUGACUAGCAUGAUACCUCAUAAUUUCAUUUCUGGAUGAUAUUUUUGCUUGAUGAUAUUCAACCUGACUAAGAAACAAACUUCUUCCCAAACACUUGUUUAAAUCCAGUCAUAGUGGUUACUGAGUUUCGUGAAAGUCAUAAUGUCACUUCAUGAAAAGUCUUUCCGAGUCAUAAAAUAUAUUUAACAUCGAGGAGGUAGAUAUUUUAGUCAGACAGAGUGUGUAUAUUUUGCGGGUUGCAGGUUGCGGGCUACGGGUUGCGGGCUGCAAUGCAAUAUAUAUCAAAGUGUUAUUCUUUUUAUUUAACUUUUUUUUUACUUAGCCUUAGACAAUUUUCAAAACUCGUUGAAAAAUUUAUUAUGAGAACCUUUCAGUCCCAUUCUAAAUACCAAAAUUAAUUUACAAGUUUAAUUGUUUUAUUAGAUGAAUUCUUUCAACAGCAUUUAAUUUAGCAUAAACAAGAGUAAUUUAAAAUGACAUUCUCACCCAACAUCAUGGUUGAUGUAAAUUAAAUUAUUCUGUGCAACAGUAGGAGAGAAGAUGCAUGCAAAAUAAAAGUGAGGACUGUAUCAAGUGUUGACAUUGAAUUUUGAGCUGAGAACUUGAGUGUUGUUCACCACACACCAUCCCAUUAUGCUGAGAAGAGUGAUUGAAAUAACAGAAAGAGUACAAAAAAAGUAUUAUGGCACAUUGUAUUGAACUAUAAGCUGAGUGCAUGACAAAUUUUCCAUUGUAUCUACCCGCAACCCGCAACCAGCUAUUUAGUGUAUAUAUUUUGCGGGUUGCAGGUUGAUACAACGGAAUAUUUUUUACCUUUAUAGCAACCCGCAACCCGCAAUUUAGUGUUACUGAACCUCAAAUGGAUAGUUGAGACAUUCGUUAUGCAUAAGUUUAUAUUCAGUGUACAAAUAUGAUAUAAAAAGUAUUUUUGUAUAAUAAUGAAUAUUUGUUUCAUAAACAUUCCGCUAUUUCACUAUGUCAAUUGUAUGCUACCUGCAUAAUUAAAUUUCAUUUUCUAAUACAUGUAGAUCAGAUAUUUUUAUUGUCAUAGCAAACUGGACUUACACUGCGUAUUUGCUUUAGCUAUCAUUUGUAAUUGAAUGAUCUAGUUAAGAGUACUUUCUAAGCCAAAAUUUUAUGACAGAAGCAAUGACUGAUUAUUGACUAAUUAACACGUUUUAAUGAUAAAUGAGUAUGAAUUUAUGAGCACCCACUAUACAUGUAAUUUAGAUGAUAAAGUUAUAUUAAAGACAUGCUUAUUUAAAAUGGCUUUUUUAAGUGUGUGUGUGUUUUUUUUUUGUUUCUUUGAUACUGAUUUUAGUGCUAAGAUAAAAAUGUAUGUGACCAAAGCGUUAGCGAAAGUCUGUGUUAUAUAAAAAUAACAGGUUCAGUUUUUGGUAGUGCAAUCUCAAGGGUUCAAGGAAAGAUAACUCGAUAAGUGAAGUGUAAUGUUGUACACCAAAGUUAUUUCCCUGCACUGCAGAGUUGUAAUCAUUUAAAUUUUCUCUUUUUCUUGCAAUUAAGUAAUUCAUGAUGUUAAGUAUAUUAUGUACAAUUACAGAUUGUAUCAAUAACAAAAUACAUAUAUUUCCCUUUUUUAUACAGAAAAAAAGCAACAUUGUAUUUUAACUGUCAUCUGCCAAUGAGUUUGUAAUGUAAACAAAUAUAGAAAAGAAAACAGAUGGAUUUGUGACAACAUGCAAAAAUAUGCGACUGACAUUAACGGGACAAAUGACAAAUUUUCAUGCGAGCAUAACACGUGCCAAGUAAUUUACCGUCAUUCAGAUGUUUAUUCAAUUGGUGC